AUGCCUAUGAUAGAGUCCGUGUUAAACACUACCAGCCUUUGCUCUCCGUUGUUACGGGACAACCCAGAUAUUACCGGAAUCGGCGUGCGUGUGGCAUUUUAUGUGCAAGCAUUUCUAACCUUGCUCCUUUCGUAUCUUCCCAACGUCUCGGAUAACAACGCCUCAUACUGGAGCAUGACGAUCACUGCUUUCGCACUGUUCGUCUCAGCCCUAUCACUCAACCACCAAGACCAACUCUCCCUCUAUCUCGCCAUCUCAGUCUCCAUCCUCCUCUGGCUCCACGCAUUCGCCACACUCUUAGUCAUGUUCGGGGACGCGGUCGUGAAGCUGAAAGACCUGGAUGGGAGGACGUACAAGUCCAAAGAGCAACACGACUUCUACCAAUCCAUGCGCAUCAUGCGUCUUUCCGGCGUCCCCGUCAUUGCGAUCGCCAUCGCUUUCUCACUGUUCGUCUGGCGCCACGCGUCUACGUUCGGUGCAGAUCCAGCCUGCAAUCCACAUACGGUCCUCGUCAUCCUGGGCUCCCAUCUCACAGCAACGACGACAGGCCGCAUCGCCGCACUCACCAUAUCAUACAUCUGUCUCUUCUUUUUUGUCUUCUUUGCCCUACUCGAUAGCCUCUCGCUUUUCCUAUUCCAUUUCUUCCCCGAGCAGUUGAAACCCUACGCGUCCGUCGAGAUGGGACUUCUCACCCCACUCUUCCUACUCCCAAUUCCACACAUCGGAGCCCCGACUGCCAGAUCUCUACUUCCACGCGCUCUGGGGAUCCUUUUCCUACCUAUAUACUUCUCCCUAUUCAUCUUCGCUAUUUUUUCUUUCUUUGCAAGGUUACUACUUGAGCCUUACGUUCUCUUACAGAUCUUCAAGAGAGCAAGCAUCGCGUUCUCGAUAUUGCUGCCUACAGCGCUGAUUGUCUCGAACGAACUUACGCUGAAUGCGAAUUCUCAUUUACUUGGUGGUGACGGCAGGGAUAGUCGGGACUGGACUCUGGGGCAAUGGAAAGGCUACUAA